AUGGGCCCCCCACGGAAACCACACAGGAAGUCGAGGAAAGGCUGCAUCGAGUGCAAGCGUCGCCAUAUUAAGUGUGAUGAAAGCCAGCCAAAGUGUGUCAAUUGCAAUGUGUCGGCGCGACACUGUUCUUAUGAAGACCUGGUGUCCGAGGCGCGCGCUUUCAUUCCAGCAUCGUUACCAAAGAGGACCAGGUCCAGGCCGCAAGCUGAACGUGCCUCACCCUUGGUUACUUGCCCAGCAAGCUCGUCCAGCUCUACCGGUACUCCGCCUGCUGACAGCCCGCCACUGAACAAGCUGCAUCUAGAGCUUUUCCACCACUUCUUCAGCCAUAUUCUGGCCUUCUUCUGUCUGGAUAGUCAUCUAUCUUCUGGCCUCUCCUCUCUAGAAAUGACACAAUGCAUCUUCACCGCCCCCUUUCUGAUGAAUGAGAUCCUGGGAUUUGCCGCCUUGCACCUUAGCAUUGUGCGCCCUCUGCAGCAGAGCUUCUACCGACACCAUGCAGCCGGGCUGCAGACCCACGCACUGACAGAAUUCAACAGCGCCAACAUGGAUGUCACCCCGGAAACUUGCCUCCCCAUGUUUCUCUUCUCCUCAAUCCUGGCCCUCCAUAUGCUCAGCGAAAAGCUUCUCUUUCGAACUGGCGGCUUUGACACAUUCCUCAACGAGUUUGUCCAGUCUCUGAGGCUGCAUCGCGGCGUCCGCGCAGUGACAGCUCAAUCCUGGCCUCUAUUGCUACAGUCACCGCUCAAGUCUCUGCUUGAGGCAGAAGGCAACGCGCUAACGAGGAAUGAGGGUGGUUGUGGCAAUGAAUGCGCGGCAUUGAUGGACCUCUUAGAUUCUUCGGACUCCAUGAAUACGUCGGUUCGAAAUACCUACAGGGAGACAAUCAAACAUCUCCAGAGUGCCUUUGAUGGAAGCCACCAGCACCCCUCCAGAUUCUCUGCAGUCGGACCGGUCAUCUCCUGGCCUGUCAUUAUUCCACCGAGGUAUAUCGAUCUGCUAGAAGAGCGCACCCCCGAAGCCCUGGUUAUUCUCGCUUACUUUGGCGCUCUGUUGUACCUUCACCGGGAGAUGUGGAUAUUUGGCGAUAGCGGGGCUUAUAUCAUUACCUCCAUCAAGGAUUAUUUAGGCCCUGACUGGGAGAGUUGGUUACGCUGGCCUAGCGAAUUCGUUCAGCCGUGGGCUGAAAAUGCUUGA